UCGAGUCUACUAGAAGAAGAAGAUCGGAAAAAACACAAACAAUAGUUGUCCAUAAUGCUGUAAACCUUCUGUGUUUAUCACACUCUAAAGAAAAGCAGCAAAGCGGAGGAAUUACAGCAGGAGAAACAGCUGACAUACUAUAGUAAAGAUGGAGAUUAAAGAAGAACCCUGCAGAAUAAAAGAUGAAGAGACAGAGGAACUAAUAGACCCAACUGAGAUGACUGACGACAAAAAUCAUAUCAUAAAAGAUGAAAACACGCAGACUUUCACGCUGCAAAAAGCUGAAGUCAAAGAAUUUCUCUGCUGCUCCGAGUGUGGGAAGAGUUUCAAGCACGAAUCAAAACUCAAAAUACACAUGAGGAUUCACACCGGAGAGAGACCGUUUACCUGCUCCCAGUGCGAAAAGACCUUUGUCUACAAACAAGACCUGAGUGUGCAUAUCAGAACACACACUGGAGAGGUAGAAACGUUCACGUGCACUCAGUGUGGAAAGGGUUACACAAAUAAAUCCAAACUCAAAAGACACAUGAGAGUUCACACUGGAGAGAGACCCUUUAUAUGCAGCCACUGCGGAAAGACUUACAUUUACAAAGAAGAUCUGAGUGUGCACAUGAGGAUUCACACUGGAGAGAAAAUACUGGCGUGCACGCAAUGUGGGAAGAGUUUCAUCCAUAAAGGGCACUUAAAAGUGCACAUGAGGGUUCACACUGAGGAAAAGCAGUUUACAUGUACUGAAUGCGGGAAGAGUUUUAAAUAUAAAAGCGUUCUCAGAAAUCACAUGCGCACUCAUGUCGGAGUGAAGUCGUUUAGGUGUGAUCAGUGCGGUAAAUCGUUUAUGAUGUCGUCAAAUUUAAGUGCACACCUCAAAGUUCAUUCUGAAGUGAAGCCUUACGUUUGCACUUUUUGUGGGAGGAGUUUCGUGCAUCUGAAUAACUUAAAGAUUCACCAGAGCGUUCACACUGGAGUGAAACCGUAUAUGUGUUUUGACUGCGGGAAGACCUUCAGUUCAUCGACUAACCUUAAAAUACACCAGAGGAUUCACACUGGAGAGAGACCCUACAAGUGUGCGGACUGUGAGAAGAGCUUCACUAACUCGUCAGCAUUGAAAACUCAUCAGAGAGUUCACACUGGAGAGAAGCCGUACCAGUGCUUAUCAUGCGGGAAGAGUUUUGCUCAGUUUUAUAAUCUACAGACUCACGAGAAGAAGCAUAAAAUUGCAGCAAGUUGAGCAACGUUCAUGCUGAGAUACAGCACUUGCAAGUCAUUUGCAAGUAACUCCUUUAAUGGGUUUUAAUUUAGGGCUGUACAGUAUUGUUGUUAAGUAUUGCGAUAACGAUAUUUCUUACAGUAGUGUUCCCCAACCUUGUUUUAUCACAGCAGUCCGGUCAAUGCUUGACAGUUUUACCUUGGCGCGAGGAUAGAGAUUACGUAGAUUGUUAGGAGACCAUUAACCGUUUUCUCAGAGAACAUUACAGCAACUACGAUAACAAUUUUAUUUAUGGAGAAAACUAAAAAGCACUUCAGUGUUUGGGUGUUCUGUGUUUGCCUGAGGUAUUUAGUCUACCAGAAUGUGUAUAUUUCAAGUAUGAAGUCGAUUGGUCAGUAAUUGUCACGUGACUCGCAGUGCGAUCGCAGCAUUCUGAAAGGCUAAGAUAUUUUUAACUGUGUGCGCCUGGAAAACACAAGCGUGUGACUCCCAAUAUGGAAAUAACGAACUUGCAUGCAAAAAAAAAACGUGAUAUGUAAAUGGCCUCUAAUGAUGCGUUCACACCAGUCGCGGAUGAAGUGAUUAACAUGUUAAGUCAAUGCAAAGAUGCGAAUAGACAUCAUGCAGCAUAUUCACAUGAAUGAGAUGGCGCGAAUUGAGCAUGUACACGUUUGACGCGCAAAACGCUCGACAUUCGCACUGCAUUAACCAUUAAUGAGCUUGCUCUCGUAGGGAUGCUAUUAUGACACAGCGCCUGUUGUUGGUUUCCUGAGGGCAAAUACUUCUGCCGACACCGGUCAACAGCUCAUCAAACUGGGCUCGGCCUGAAGCACCGCUCAAAGCCUCCAUCAUCCAGGUAUAGUUUCUGGAGGAGUUGAUGAACUCACAGAGCUGGUGCACCACUGAAAACAUGUAGUAGACAUGACGCUGAAUGAAUCUACGUGGUUUAUCAGUCUUUCUAAAGCACAGCUGUUCUCUCAAUAAAAUCCAUGUUAGCUAUUUAGCAACGAAACAAGAGUCACCGGGCAGACAGAAGCCCUGCUCAUGACUCGAAUCUGUGUCUAUUGUGAAGUGAAUUUGACGCGUGAAUUAAGUGAGUAAACUAAAAUGUUCACGGGUCUAUUUACCCAGGAAUAGCGCAGUUUGAUAGUGCAUGCCGCGUCUGGUGUGAACCCAGCGUAUUGCACGAAUCGCUCCAGUUGGAAAAUCUGAACUUCAGCGGACAUUGAAUAGCAGGCAUAAAAUAAAUGUAAUUUAUCACAUGUCUGCGAUAUGAUUGUUGUAUAUGCUAUUAUCAAUAUAACAAUCCUUUUUGCGACAUAUUGUGCAGCCCUAGUUUUAAUAUUGUAUUCAGUGUUGCUUAUCGAUUUGAUAUUAAUCAAUUACUCUUUUAAACAAGCAAGCAAGAUCCGUCAGUUCUUGUCACGUGACUCGCGGUGCGCUCAAAGCAUUCUGAAAAGCUGAGAUGUUUUCAACUUGGUGCACCUGGAAAACGUGAGCGCGUCACUCCCAAUAUGUAUUUAACGAACUUCCAUGCAGAAAAGACAUCAAAUGUAAACGGACCCUAAUGGUGGCAGUCGAAGAUGAAUCGUCAAGCAUUAGUGAUUAACAUGUUAAGUCAAUGCGAAGACGCAAAUAGACAUCAUGCAGCACUAUUCGCACGAAUGAAGUGGCGCGAAUUGAGCAAUUACACAUUUGACAUUCGUGCUGCAUUAACCAUUCAUAAGCUUGCUCUUGUAGGAGCGUGAUUAUGACGUACCGCCUGUUGUUGGUGUCCCGAGGGGAAAUCCUCAUGCCGACACCGGACAACAGCUCAUCAAAUUGGGCUCAGCUCAGUCUGAAGCAGCAUUGAAAGCCUCCAUCGUCCAGGUAUAGUUUCUGGAGGAGUUGAUGAACUUACAAAGCUGGGUGCACCUCUGAAAGGAUCUAGUGGAACCAGACAUGGCGCCGAACGAAUCUACGCUGUUUUUCAGCCUUCCUAAAGCACAUAAACCACAGCUAAUAUCUCAAUAAAAUCCAUGUUAGCUAUUUAGCAAUGAAGCUAGAGUCACCAGGCAGACAGAAGCCCUGCCCAUGAUGCGAGUCUGUAUCUAUUGUGAAGUGAAUUUGACGCGCGAAUGAAGCGAGUGAACUAUUUGUGCACGAAUUACAUGAUUUAAUCGCACAUGCUGUGUCUGGUGUGAACACAGCAUAAGGCCGCCAUCAUUUGUGAUCUUCAGCAGUUGAUCUUCUUGCACAGACAUGGUGGAUUCACCUGAUUUGUUGUUGGGUUGCGGAUUCAUUCCUUGGCAGUUCGCGGGUCCUUCACUGGGCCUUUUCCCCCUCCCAAAGAAACUUUCCAGAGACGUCUGUUUCUUACUCAUUUUGCUGCUAGUGGGUUACAUUUUGGCGUUCAAGUGAGCAAGAUAUAACACAGAGAAAUUUUUCUGAAUGAAAGAUUAUUCAGACUCUAAUAAAUAAAAUAAUUGCUGAUUUCUUGUUCAGCCUCAGUACCAAUCGAUACCCCGAGGUGGGAGACCACUAUCUUACAAUAUAACAUUUCCCUUGAAACAUUCUAUUUUAAUUAGCUAUGUUUUUAAAUCGUUUAUUUGUUAAAUUAUAUUAAAAUAAACAGUUUUCAGAUCUGAUUAGCACUAAUUCAGCCUAAAAACUGUCAAGGUGUAAACAUUUAGUCACCUCGAAUGAGCGAUAACCUGCACAGAUAUUCUGACUCUAAUUGGCUGUUGGUAUUUUCCCGCCAUUAGUGUUUAUUUUCAGCUCUGGGUUCAGCUUUGGGCUGCUCCAGCCAAUAGCAGAACAUCAACUACCGCAGAGGCUGGACUUGAGAUAAUACGGCCCAAUCUGAUUGGUCAAAUUCAGUUAAACAACCAAUGCAUAAAAUAAACUAGACUGCGAUAUGUAUGUUUUAUAUACUAUUAUCGCUAUAACAAUAAUUUUUGUGAUAUAUUGUGCAGCUCUAGUUCUAAUAUUGUAUUCAAUCUUGCCUGUCGACAUAAUAGUAAUCAAUUAUUCUUUUAAACAAGCUAAGUAAAAUAGGUCAAUUGUACAUCAUUUAUGCAUAAAAUUGGAAAACCUGUAUUAAAAUCACUAUAUAUGUAUGAAUUUUUCAUUAAAAUAUCCAAAAACCUCUAGAGCAGUUUUAUAUAUACAAUUCAAGUCAAAGUUAUUUACCCUCCUCUGAAAUUUAAUUCUUUUCAAAAUAUUUCCCAAGUGUUGUUUAAUGGAGAGAUUUAUCCAACACAUUUCUAAUCAUAAUAGUUUCAUUUCUACUCAUUUCUAAUAACUGAUUUAUUUUCUCUUUGCCAUGAUGACAGUAAAUAAUAUUAGACUAGAUAUUCUUCAAGACACUAGUAUUCAGCUUAAUUAGGCAAGUCAUUGUAUACCAGUGGUUUGUACUGGAGACAAUCCAAAACUAUUAUAGCUUAAGGGGGCUAAUAAAAUUGACCUUAAAAUGGGUUUAAAACAAUUAAAAACUGCUUCUAUUCUAGUCGAAAUAAAACAAAUAAGACUUUCUCCAGAAGAAAAAAUAUUAUAGGAAAUACUGUGAAAAAUUUCCUGAAUCUGUUAAACAUCAUUUGGGAAAUAUUAAAAAUAAUAAUAAUUUAUAGGAGGGCGAAUAGUUUUGACUUAAAGUAUAUAUUGCUGACUUAAGUACUCACAUUAUACCAAGUCUUUCGAAGAAUGUUCGAAGAGUGAGUGUGUUCAUGCUAAUGACGUCACACACACGUGAUUUCCAGUUUUUUUUAAUUAAUGUAUAUAUAUAUAUAUAUAUAUUAGUAUUCAUCAACUUACAUAAAGAGUAGAGACUCUGUUAAUGUUUAAUACGCUUUUGUUUAUUUAAGAAGGUCAAUCUGUGCACAACUUUUACAAUUGUGAUGGAAAUAUAAUCAGUCUUGGUGUUGCUUAUAGUUGAAUGGAGUUGAAUUAUGUUGUAUCAUAUUGCAUGUAACUAGAUUUGUGGAAUUAAAAACAUAUAACAAUAAUGUUAUAUGUAUUUAUUAGUCUCAAUUUAAUAGAUAAAUGUACUUUAGUAUGAAAUUAAGAAGUUUAGCAUUAUAUUUAACAUAACUUACUGACUAAUAAAUCAUUUUCAAAGCUAAAAGCCAUGCUGAAUGUAUAUUUUGUGCAGCCCUAGUUUUAAUAUUGUUUUCAGUGUUGCUGAUCUACUUAAUAGUAUUAAUUGAUUUUAAACGAGCAACAUAAUUUAUACAUGAAAUUCUAAAUUAAAAGCACUAUAUAAAAUACUCAAAAACCAC